CUAAAAAUGACGUCCAAAGCCACCAGCGAGACAAAUGUCAGCAAGUGGAGGCUAAAGUCUGGAGAUUCCAAAUCUGACACUGAGUUGCAGAUAUACAAGAAGGAGAAUGCGGCCCUGAAAAAAUCUCUGGAAGAAAUCAUCAAGGGCAAAAGCAAAAUGACCCACGAAGAAAGAAAAAGGCUUCUGGAGAAAAUACUUGCCCUUGAAACAGAAAAUGAAAAAUAUAAGGGCAUUCUUGGGGAGAAAGAUAAAGAAUUCCAGCACCUAAAAGACGAGCUGAAGAAAAUAACUAGAAGUGGAGAUCUUGCCAGCCUGCGUAGCCAACUGGAAGAGAAGACAAAGGAAGUGGCGAAGAGAGAACGGCUGCUCACGUCUCUCUUGGAAGAGAUGGACCGCCUGAAAAAAGAGCUAGCAGCUAAGUGUGUGGAGCUUGAAAACAGAGCCGGAACUGUUCAGGUUUCCCAGGAAACUGUUGCGAGGUGCCCUGGAUCACAAAGUAACGUGAAUGAAGUUGAAAUCCAACUCAAAGAUGCUUUGGAGAAAAACCACCAGUGGCUGCUAUAUGACCAGCAACGGGAGGCCUAUGUUCAGGGCCUCUUGGCAAGAAUCUUUGAACUGGAGCAGCAGUUCAAAACUAUUAUCCAACAGGAAGUCAAAGAAACCCAGACAGAAGGAGAACAGCAGGUGCAUUACGAACAGCAGCUGGAAGCUGCCAGGAGAGAUCUUGAGAUAGAAAGGCUUGCUGUAGCCCAGCUGCAUUCAGAGCUGAACACGUUUAAACUGAAGCACGAGGAAACCCAGCGAGAGACGGCGCACUUAAAUGUGCUGAAGCUGGAACAGCAAGCCAGCCUGCAGACUCUUCAGGAUGAAAACCACGUCCAAGGGGAGAUCAUUCAGCUCACGCAUGAAAACAAAGUAGCCAGAGAAGAGCUUAAAGAAGAAAGGAAAAGGACAGAAGUGCUCGUGUCUCAGGUUGAACUGCUUCACAGAUCUCUCUUAAAGCAGCAAGAGGAAUGUACCAGGAUAGCAGCUUUGGAACAGCAGAUCCAGGCAUGCUCGUCAGACUUGGAGAAUGAAAAAGUUGAUCGCCAGAACUUGCAGCAUCAGUUGCAUAAGCUCCUUAAGGAGCUGCGCAAGGCAAGGGAGCAGAGCAAACGCCUUGAGGCCGCGAAGCUCCCAGAGCAUACGUGUGUAGAAGUCCUGCAUAAUUUCCAGGCUGCCUUUGAAGACAAGUUGGUAAUACAAGAUGAGCAUUCUUCACCUAAACGUUCAAACCUUCUCGACGAAAGUUUCCUGGAAUGCCCCAAAUGUAAAGCACUAUAUCCUACAAGCCAGCAUAGGGAGUUAUUAGCCCACCUUGAUUUCUGUGCAGAUUAA